AUGACUGAGCUAGUGACAUGCAGAAAAACAAAGAAAGGGAUGUCUCAAGAUGAAUCUUGCAUGGGACAAACUAUGACUGGGGAGUCUUCAUCCAGUCCAAGGGAGACUGAUAUAUUGGAAGAUGAGGAUGUUGUAGCAGCUACCUCUUCAGAAACGCCAAAUAAUACGUGCUUCCUUUCUACUGAGAAUCCGCCAGAAGAGCCAAUAUUAGUUUGUGCCGACCUUAAUAACAGCUGGAUUCAAGAGGAUAUCAAAACUGAAAAUAACUUUGGAUUAAAUGGAAACAGCUCGGACAAAAUGUGGAAAGAGAAGCCACCACCUUUGCUGACUCCUCAUUCAUCAGUAAGAGGGCACAGCGGCAAGAAAGCGGCACAGAGUAUUCCGCUGGAAGAGAUGAACGUUUGCAGUGUUUCACAAAACUCUGAUAUUUUAGACUCUUUAGAGUCAACAUAUGCCACAAAUGUGUCAUCUUACCAAGAUGCAGAGCUAGCUUCGUUAUCUGUGGACGUAGAUGACUCAAUAGAGCAGCUGAACCAACUGAUACUGGAUUUGGACCCCACCUUUGUUCCUGUUCCUACUGGUUGUUCCCUCCUGUCCCAAUCCCACUCCCUAAAAGAGAGAGAGCUAAGUGAUACUGGAAAUACUCAUCUGACUGGCUGGAAACGGCAGAAGCAUAUCAGUGAUGUAACUGACUACUCUAGUAUGAGGAUGCACAACAGCGAUCUUCAUGGUCUCAUGUCAGGGGGGGAAGGACCUCAAAACAUGCAUGGGGGUACUCCUACCCAUUUGUCAUCACAGCUGUGUAAGCAGAACUAUGUGGACUACAGCGGACCAAGUGAUAGCUUUGAAUCAGUCCCACCAACUCCAGCCUUUCCAGUGUCUCCUCCAACACCUUAUGUCGAACAGUUUUCAGACUUUUCUUGUAUCAGGACUGGUGGUCAGCGGGCCCAACACAGCUGGGCACAAGAUUCCCGAAGUUUUCUGGAUAGUGCAAACCAUACUGGCAGCUCUAUUGACGGCGAGCUGUUCAGAUCAGACACGCCUGCAAGCUCUGGUUCCUGUCCUCGGAUAUUUGGUUCCAUGUGUUCUGUGUCAUCGAGCAGCCCCCUUCCACACAUAGACAGCUGCACAACACCUCCUGUUUGGCACCAGCAAACUUCUCAGCCCUCAACUCCUAUCAAGCUCAACGCUCCUAAUGCCCACAGUUCACCUCGGCGGGCACUGAAAGGACUGGAUGUGUGCUCAGGGAUCCACAUGGAGACCAAUAGCACAGAUUUAUCCUCCUUGUUGACAGAAAAUGGCCACCUGGAGCACAGCCUGUUGGAGGCCAUGGGGGACCUCAGUGUCCUGGACCUUGGUGGGGAGGGGGAACAACCUCCCCUGUUGCCUGAAAAGAGGCGAGUGAGUGAAGGUGUUGACCUUGGUUCCGGCUUGCCCUCUCUGAGUGGGUUUUUCGGUCUUCACAAUGAGAGCAGUCUCAACCUUUCUUUCUCAUCACUGACCCCAGACACCUUGAGAGGUUUAGGUAGGACCCCAUCGCCUGGAGCAGAGUUUGCCAGUAAACAGGACACUGUGAAGUUUGUUCAGGACACUUCCAAGUUUUGGUAUAAACCUGACAUUUCCAGAGACCAAGCAAUUGCAGUGUUAAAGGAUAGAGAACCAGGCUCUUUUAUUGUCAGAGACAGUCAUUCAUUUCGUGGGGCGUAUGGAUUGGCAAUGAAAGUAGCAACUCCCCCUCCAUCUGUGUUGCAUCAAAGUAGAAAAGUUGGAGAUCCGUCCAAUGAGCUGGUGAGACAUUUCCUGAUAGAGUGUACGCAGAAAGGAGUCCGCCUCAAAGGCUGUCCCGAUGAGCCAUUCUUUGGGAGCCUGACUGCUCUGGUGUGUCAGCAUUCCAUCACUCCUCUUGCUCUGCCUUGCAAACUCAUUCUGCCUGACAGAGAUCCGUUGGUGGAAAUGAGUGACUCUCCUGCAAAGACAGCAGCAAACUCAGCCGCUGAGCUACUAAAGCAAGGCGCAGCAUGUAAUGUGUGGUACCUUGGCUCUGUGGAUUUGGAGUCUUUGACGGGACACCAGGCAGUUCAGAAAGCUACCACGAUGACACUGACAAUGGACCCUCCGUUAGCUUCGACUGUUGUCCAUUUUAAGGUGUCAGCGCAGGGCAUCACACUCACAGACAACCAGCGGAAGCUGUUUUUCAGACGACACUACGCAGUCAAUACAGUCAUUUUCUGUUCGUUGGACCCGCAAGGCAGAAGAUGGACAAGAGGCAGCGGUUCAAAUGCAAAAAUAUUUGGGUUUGUAGCCAGGAAAUCUCAGACUGAGACUGAAAAUAUUUGCCAUCUGUUUGCUGAACAUGACCCAGAACAGCCAGCGAGCGCUAUCGUCAACUUUGUUUCAAAAGUCAUGAUUGGGUCACACAAGAAGUGA